GAGGUGCCUUGGGUCCCGUAAAACCAGGACCUGCAAUUAACAGAAAAUGAGUGGAUGGAUGGCAAGAAUUAUACACCUUUAAUAAAACCUAAGUGUUCCCCAACACUGUGUGUUAAAUGUUAUUGCCUAUUCAUUUUUCAGGCAAACAUGACGAUCGAGGCGUCCUUUGAGGUAGGACUAAAUUAGUCAGUGUGCAAGAGCGACUCUUUGAUAAUUGGCGGUGUCAUAGCAUGCACCCUGAUCGCAGUUCCUGAUCCAAGACAAAGUAGAUUUUUGAAAACGAAUUAACAGCUCUGAAGUACAGUACUUUUCAGGAUUCCGCCCAUGCGCAUUCAGCUGAGGUUUGUGCGGAGCCGGUGUGCUGCCUAUUCCGAUGCCGCACUGUGCGCUAUGUGGCGAAUUUUGUUACCGCUGGCCCUUUAAGCGCGCUCUUCCAACCGGAGCCCUCAUUUCCGGGUUGUGACGUCACUCAACUGGCAUGGCUGUGUUUUGAGAGGCGAGUAACUGAAAGCACGGAGCCUCGUGUUAUUAGCGCUCUAAAUUAGGGCGCUACUGCGAUUUUGUUGCCACAGUUCUAUUAAGGUGGAGUUGGAUGAACCGAACAAAACAAAGCCAUUUUCAGUUUUCCAUUUGCUUUGUUACGGAGGGAUGUUGCCGCUACCAUAGCAACUUCGCUUGUUCGAGAAAGCAUACAGCCCAGUCCAUCAGGGAAUCCCUCUUCGUUAUUUAAGCAGAAGCCUGUGACUAAGCAUGUAAAAAAUUGUCUUGAUUGUAUGGACUUCUUGAACUUGUCAUGGCACAUCUGAACUGGAAUUUUAAACAAAAUGUGGCCAUACCAGAAAGUACCAAAGGAUUUCAAGAAAAAGAAAGAAAAGAACGGCAAAAACUAAAGGAAAAUCUAGCAUUACAGCUCUCUAAUGAUCUUGAUAGGCUCUUCAAAGAAGAAAUUUAUUCAGAUUUGUUAUUUUUGGCUUGUUUUGGUACAUUACGAGCACACAAAAGUAUUCUGCGUGCCAGAGUCCCCGAAUUUUUCUUUAAAAUUGUAAUGCCGGCCUUGAACACUUUUGGAGAUGAGCAUAAAGUUGUAAAAAUAGAAAAUGUUCAACCCUCAGAAUUUGAAGAUUUUCUGAAACUAAUCUAUACAGCAGAUGAAAAGGUAAAUGAUCUUCAAGUACUUAUGAAGGAAAGAUUGCAUUCAACAUCCAGCUGUGAAAUAAACAAAGCUACUGAAAUAUUCAACAGAAAUUAUCCCCAAAGAGAUACAACUGCAUCUAUUUUGCUUCCAUCCAAAGACAUACCUGAGAUUCAGGGUUUUGCUUCUUCUACAAAAACUGCCUUUGAGGAAUCUGCAAUGGAUAGUUACACUUCUACAUCAUCAGAUUUUGUGGAACCAGCAUCUGCACUGGGAGAAGAUUUACUUUUGUUGUAUAAGAGUGGAGAUUUUUCCGAUAUUGGUAUUGUCACAGAGAAGGCAACUUUCAGGGCUCACAAGGCUAUACUCUGCUCACGCUCCAGCUAUUUUGCAGCAAUGUUGGGUGGAAACUGGCUGGAAAGCUCUCAAGAGUGCAUUACUCUCCAAGGAAUUGGUCAAACAGAAAUGGAUGUCAUGCUGCAUUUCAUUUAUGGAGCUGUUGUUGACCUUCCUAAAGGAGCAGAUGUGUGCCAGGUGCUGAGUGUUGCAGACAUGUUUGGUUUAGAUGGUUUGAAAGAAGUAGCAGUAUUGUAUUUAAAGAGAGACUACUGCCGUUUUUUCCAGAAGCCAAUUCCUGGUACACAACAGUCUAUUUUAGAGUGCCUUUCCAUCUCCCAUUUGUUUAACCUUGAAUGUUUGUAUAAUUUGUGCCUCAGGUGGGUUGCAAAAUAUUUCUUGAAGUGCUGGUCUGGAAGAAAUUUUGCAUUCCUUCCAAUGGAGAUCCAAAGAGCUUGCCUGUGUUCUGUCACACAGUCCAUGAACCAGGAAAAUGUGGUUUCCAUUCUGAUGGAAAGUGACCAGCUUAUCUGCAGUCUACCUGGAGUGAAGUGGGCGGAGAAGGCUUUAUCUCUGGGGGCUGAAUUACAGGAUGAAUGCAUAUCUUACAUUGUUGCACAUUUCUCUGAGAUUAUAUCAACUGAAGGCUUCCAUCAUCUUCUUAAGGCACAAGGAAUGAGCAGUAAGCCAUAUCUGCUAGAGAAGAUUUUUCAGGCCAUAGAGGCAAGCAUUACCACUGAAAACUGCUGUUCUUACUUUAUUGCAGUUGAGAUGCUGAAAACAUUUCCAUCAGUGAAUGAUACCGGUUUUGCGUGUGAAAUCCAGGCUGUGCAUGAGAAGCUGUGGACAUUUCUAGUUCAAUCUUUCUAUGCUGUUCGUCACUCAGAAGGCUGGAAUCUUAUGAAAGCAGAGCACAGGGAACAAAUACAAGCAGCUGCUUUUGAUAAAGGUGACAGCAGAAAACUUGGUAAGAAACCCACCUUCAGCAGUUCCAAGGUCCUGCAUUUAAAAUGCCCUCAGGUUCAUCAACAGACAUCUGAAAAUCAAACACAGAGCCUCCAGCAGGGGAGGAACCUGCCAGCAUCCUGGAGUUGUUUAUCUAACAGAACAAUAAAAAUGAAGUCUGAUGGUUUAGGCGCAUCAGGGCACACAGUUGCUGCUGGAAGGGGUACUGCAAACAAAAUGCCUAAAAGUGCAGUUUCAAAGGGAAAAGAUGCUAAAGAGGCCAACAAAGUUGCAAAAGACACUAAACCUACUGAAAAAAGUGUUCCAAUAAAAGCAGUGCCAGUUUCAAAAAUGAAGUCUCUGAACAAUGGCAAUGCAAGAAUAGAAUCCUCAAUAGUUAAGAGAGAUAAUAACCUUUCAGCAUCUGUUGAUGGCCCUAGGAAAAUGCUAGGUGCUAAGGUGCCAGAAGAUCAGGACAGAAAAAUCUCUUCGGGAGCAAGGCCUAAAUGCUCAUCAGCUACAAGUACUGCUCGUCCAAAUCCAGUUAAAUCAUUAAAGGCCAUUUCAGCAAAGGACACCCCACUGACUAACAAGGAAGAAGGAUUUUUUGUUAAGUGUGAGUCAACUCGUAUUUCUGAGUCAAGUGGAAAUGUCAGUCCACUCAGGGAUGAGAAACCAGACAAGGAAUCAGACAAUUCUCUUAAUAAAGAUCUCGGCAGUGACAUAACAUCUGGAAGUGCUUCUCCGCAGUAUAGUUCAAACAGCCCCAAAGACUCCAGCACAGGUCCGGGAACAAAGAGUGCCUCUAAAACAGUAUGCAGGACACUUGGUCACAAAAUACAUAAAGCAGAAAAAGUAAACAGUGUAACAGCUAAACCACCAAUCAAAGAAAACAGCAAAGUGAAACAAAUUGCUCCUUCAAACAAAACAGCAUCUGGGAACAGGGUACUGAGAAAUGAUAGAAGGCUGAAGGGUGUGCCUUCUGUAUCGGCAGAAAGUCUAGGACCAGCACCAGUGGCAUCAAGCACACAAAACAUAGCCUCUCCAAGAAAGGAGGAUUUGCAACAAAAUUCAAAGUCGUCUUUGCUGGACAAAACCUCUCGUGAAAUUCCAGCAUCAACUAGGAAAAAGACAAUAUCAAAGUCAAUUCCAGCGGUCAUUGAGAUUAAACAAACCACUAAUUCCGCAAAGGUUAUUUUGGGAACUUCAAGGCAGACCAUUGGUGGAAGCAAAAGCACAGCAAAGCAGAAAAGCAUCUCUGAACAACCAGCAUUAAAAGUGACAUCCAAAUCAGUAGGAUCAGACAAGCAACCUCUUUCUGUGGUGAAAAAACCUAUAUCAAAAAAUAAGGAAUCGUCUAAUCAAAAAAAAAUUUCGUCAAGAAAUUCAGACUAUAAGCAGAAUGCUUCUACAGUCAAAGUUGUGUCAUCAGAAUACCCAGGCUUAGAAAAGGCCCUUGACACAAAGAAGCAGAAUUGCACUGGACUAUUAGAGUCUACUCAGACUCAGAGGAACCCAGAACAAACAUCUAGCCUGCAGCCUGACCAAGUCCAAUUACAUGUAAACUCAUCUCCUGCAACACAGAAUUUAGCAUCCGAAACUCUGACAACAGAGAAUGAUAUGCCGUACAUUACUGGGAAUAUGUCUGGUCAGAUGAACAUUGAACAGUGUGAAACAUGUCAUGGUGUGUGCCUUGAGACAACAGCAUCCAGUAAACCUGACCUGUCCACAGUUAUUGUACAAGCAGAAAAUGUAACUCAAUGCUUGAGUACAAGCCUUAGUAAAGAAAAAAAGCCUGAAGAAAUGUUUUUCAAAGAUGCAUCGACUUGUCACAAUAAUGAACAGAAAAGUUCAUCAUGUUCAAAUUCAUUUACUGUAAACUAUAGCACAUCAUCAAGGUGUGGCCCUGGCCAAAUCCCACAGGUGUUAUCUUUGAUUUCUCCCACGGAUAUGGCUACAGCAGAAACCCCAGGGAGCCGUGAGGAUGGUGAAAUGCCCCUGGAAGACCCAUGGAAUACACUUCAUCAAAGGAGCAGUCCUGAAUCAGACACAGGGAGUGCAACUACCUCCUCUGAUGAUAUUAAGCCCAGAUCUGAGGAUUAUGAUGCUGGUGGCUCCCAAGAUGAUGACGGCUCUAAUGAAAGAGGAAUUUCUAAAUGUAGCACGAUGUUAUGCCAUGAUUUCCUUGGAAGGAGUAGUAGUGACACUAGUACACCUGAAGAGCUAAAAAUGUAUGACAGUGGAUUAAGAAUAGAAGUGAAACUUAAAGAUAGGGAAUCCACAGUAGAUCCAUUUCAUGUUCAUUCCACAAGUGAUGAUGAUGACAGAAGGAAGGCAAAAAAGGCAUGGAUUGAACGUGAAUGCAAGCCUAUGGAUGAGGGGAUUUGUGAAGAGAACUCAUGUGCUGCAUCAGUUUCCAUUAAGAAUGCGCCAAAGCACCAAUUAUCCUCUACAGAUGAAGAAACAGAGGAUGAAAAAUCUGAGGCAGAAAUAGUAGAAGAGAGAGGUCCCCAACCUGAACCUUCCUCUCAUCAGUUUCAAGGUAUAGAUAACUUGGCCUUUGAGGAUAUUGCUGAGCAAGACAACAAUGCACCAGAGUACCAAUCUACUGGAAAUUUCAGGCGUACAGUACUUCUUUCUGUAGAUGAAUGUGAAGAGCUGGGAUCUGAAGAAGGUGCUGGACUGACACCUCCUUACAACUCUGUAGAUAUUCUUACUCCUGGGGAUGUUUUUGAAUCUACUACUGUUGGUCUUCGGGAAUCUCAGGUUAAAUCAUUCUCUGCUGGCAACUCCUGUGAUGCUCAGAAAAGUCUUAUUGCAUGUGAAAAAGACAAUGGAAAAGAAGUUUUUGAAAAAGGCAGUUUUUCAUAUAAUUCUUGUACAAAUGAGCCUGAAAAUAACUCAGACGCUAACUGUUCUAAAGAAAACCAUGAAUGCAGCCUCACAGCUGUUACUGUAAAUCAGACUUUGUGUUCCCAGGGAGAAUCUGAGCAAGACAAAUCAUCUCCACUUAUAGAGCAACGGAAUGAAGACCCUGUAAGUGACAGUAGACACCAAGAAAGGCCAUGCCAUUUAAAUCUGUAUCAUUUAGACCAUAGCAAUGAUAGUGGACAGUGGAUAGGCUCUACAGAAAAUUUAGACUGUAGAAAAUCUGAAUUGCAUCUUAACUUAAAUAACCAUCACAUGAAAGAUGGCUCUGUGACACCAACUGAUCAGAAUCCUUCUACUUUGUCAGCAGGGGACUUAGAUGAUUGUGAGGAACAAACCUGCACUUAUGACAGACGACCUUCAAAAACCCUAUCUCCAAUAUAUGAGCUGGAUGUUGGGGAAAGGUUUGAGCAAAGGCCAGAUGUGGAAGCAUGUAUCUCAGACCAAGAAGAAAACAGCCAUUUUGCCAAAAGUGACUGGAUGCUCCUUCACCAGUUGUUAGCUGAUCAAGUCUGUGACUUGGGAAUAAUAAACACUGUUCCUGAAGACCUGAAUCUUGCCCAGUAUCUCAUCAAUCAGACACUUGCUUUAUCACGUGAUGGUCUAAAAUCUCAGGGCAAACCUCUUGCAGAAAAGGAAAUGUGUAAAAAAUGGUCUGAACUCAUAUCCCCUUUGGAGGACUCCACAGCCAGUAUCACAGUUACAAGCUUUUCACCGGAUGAUUCUGCAUCCCCCCAGGGCGAAUGGACAAUUGUUGAACUUGAGACACAUCAUUGACAUUAUUGAGAGCUGGAUUUACUGCUUUGGACGUUUUUUUUUUUUCUUUUUCAGCUGACAAUUUUGUACCACCUUGGAAAAUUUCUAAGCAAACAAAACCUUCAGGGUAAUGGCUUCAAUUUUUAAUAUCAAUUACAGAACCUUUUUUCUGAAAUGAAUUUAAAUUUACAUACAUAUAUAUCAAAAAAGUACAACCUGUAUAUUUUCAACUGUUUUCUUUUUUCCUGUUUAAAUCACCAGACUUAUUUGGAAAAAAAAAUAAAAAUGCUACUUAGCACAUUCAUAUUUUUGUAUAUUCUAAUGUAUAUUUGAUGUACUUUAAAUGCUGACCUAAAAAGACUUUAUUCUGACUGUCUUGAUAAUGAAUUAACAUGAGGAGGUUUGCAAGAGAACAUAAACAUUUUUAAGAAAUGACUGGUUUAUGUUUAGUGUUGUGAGAUGAAUAAACAUGUGGCACAGAUAACUGAUUGAGUUACAUCAUUUGGGAGACUGUUUAGAUUUUCCUUUCCUACGGAUGUCUGGCAUAAUUAAAAUACUAGUCUAUGAAUGGUAUCUGCACAUUGUAAUAUUUAUUUUAACUUUUACUGCAUUAUUCAGAUGUUUCAUGAUAACUGAUUAUGUUGUACUUUUUGUACAUCAUCAACCUGAUCAGUUUAUUCCAUGUUAUCCAUGAUUGAGACUUAACAUUUCAACUUUUUUUGUUGUUCAUAUACUGCUUUAUUUUGAUAUUUAAAGAUAAUAGUUUGGGGUGUAUAAAAGCUACAGAUAUAUUUUGAGAUAUCUAGAAGAUAUACAAUUUAAGCAUUGUUGAUCUGGUACUUUAAUUUGCUUGCUAUUUUCUCUGGAUGACUAAUCUAAAGAUGAACUACAUUGCAUUUUAAUACUGUUUAUAGUAGUACAUUUUUUGCUAUCAAACCAUAAUCUAAACACAAUAUCUAAGGGAUGUACUGGAGAUGUACUAAAAAAUAUAGCACUAGUGCUAUAUUUAAAAAUGUGUCCAAAUAUUCAUUUUGGUAAGUAAACAUAACUUAAAAUUGUGCAUGCAGUAGAAAUAACUGUUUUUGUUAAAGUUUCUUAACACUUUUGUAAAAUGAAAAAUAUAUUCAUACUGUAAAACUUUGUUACAAUUCUUAAAGCAUGUUAUAAAAUGCUAGCAAAGAACAUAACAAAUAUAUGUUUAUAUAGCUUAUUGAUAUAGUUCUGUUAAUGCCUGCAUAUAGAGGCAAUUAAUGCAUAUGCAAAUUCAUGCAUGGUACAGGAUUAAUUGAUGCGUAUUGACACACUUUCAGUAUCAGUGUGACCUACAUUGGACUGUCAUCCCAUUUUGGGAAUGUCCUAACUCAGCACCUGAUACUAAAAGAUAAUGUUCUGGCUCUGCGACAUAUCCUGCAUUUGACUAAGAAGGAUUGGAAAAUAGAGACUGCAGUUUCAUAGCUCUUGGUCAUCACCAAAGCUGUAGUAUUAUCUGUUAUGUUGCAGCACUACAUGGAUAGAGUAGCUGCUUAUCAACAGGUUCUAUUUGUCUGUUUCAUAACUUGUGUUUUCUUAUUCUCUGAUUGUUUCAGUUAAUAGGCUAUCUAUUUUUUUAACAAGUCUACACUUGCUUACAGGUUAUUUUCUAAUCUGUUAGCUGUUGAACUGGUUAACUGUGGAUCUCUCUAAAAUAUUAUGUUGCUAUGUGUAUGUUUAAGUUAUGUUCCUUUUACACAUCAGAUUAUAUGAUUGCACGUCUCUGUAUCCUAAUGAAAAUUUGUACUCUGCAUUGUUGAGACCUACUUUAUAAUAAUGUUUCAGUUGACUGUGUUUUUAUUUAUUUAUUUAUUUGUUUAUUUAUUUGUUUGUGAUGUGUAUUAUGAAACUGUUAUGCAUGCUUUAAGUACAUGAUCUGCACCAACCUUGGUUUAGGCAACCCAUAUGUUUAAUGUUUAAGCCAGCUUGUCCUUGCAUUAAUGUUGCAUUUUUG